UCUCUCUCUCUCUCCACACCCGCACACACACACACACACACACAGAGCGGACUACGCCGACGACUCUUGUGGCUCCUCUCCGGGCUCUUCUCUCUCUCUCCCCGGGCUCUGGUGUCUCUCUCCACCGCAGGGCCUCGUCACUUUCACAGGGGGAAGAAGAAGAAGGAGCAGCAGCAGCAGAAGAAGAAGAAGAAGAAGAAAGUGUGUGUUUGCUGCUCACUGGUGUUUCAGCGGCAGCGGCAUCAGCGGCGGCGGAGAGCGCAGCAGCGAAGUGUCCUCGAUGGCAGGCUGGAAGGACGGCUCGGUGCAGGAGAAGUAUCGGCUGGUGGUGGUCGGGGGCGGCGGUGUCGGGAAAUCAGCGCUGACGAUCCAGUUCAUCCAGUCAUACUUUGUCACCGACUAUGACCCCACGAUUGAAGACUCCUACACAAAGCAGUGUGUGAUCGACGAGAGGGCGGCCAGGCUCGACAUCCUCGACACGGCUGGACAGGAAGAGUUCGGAGCCAUGAGAGAACAAUACAUGAGGACAGGGGAGGGCUUCCUGCUCGUCUUCUCCGUCACUGACAGAGGAAGCUUUGAAGAAAUCUACAAAUUCCAAAGACAGAUCCUCCGAGUCAAAGACAGGGACGAGUUCCCGAUGAUCCUCGUAGGAAACAAAGCCGACCUGGAACCACAGAGACAAGUAACCCAGGAAGAGGGUCAGCAGCUGGCCAGACAACUGAAGGUCACAUACAUGGAGGCUUCAGCCAAAAUCCGUAUGAACGUAGACCAAGCUUUCCACGAGCUGGUUAGGGUAAUCAGGAAAUUCCAAGAACAGGAAUGUCCACCGUCGCCAGAGCCUCCGCGGAAAGAGAAAGACAAGAGCGGCUGCCAUUGUGUGAUCGUCUGAGUUCGGCCUUAUUAUCACUGUAUCUCAUGCAGCUACCCCCCGGCCCCCAACGCCCGCCCCCGCCCCCCCCGACGCCCACUCUGCCUGACAUGACAUCCACGGCGGAUGACCGACGACCCCGCUGCCUUCUCCACGUGCAUCACUGCAGACGGCCUGUCCUGAGACACUCUGACCAGGACCGGGACCUGCCGUCCCCCCGGGGGACUUCACUAUGGACAAGUGGCAAUGCCAAAAUCGAAACACCGCCGUAAUCUGACGAAUCCCCCACGAGAGAGAGUCCCAACACUAAACAUUGCCUUCGAAAUCCGCCUGACAAAUUUACCGUUUUUUGUACUCUGAAGGACUUCUCUUGCCUUGUAGUGACGUUUGCUACCGAGAUUGAAUGAAAACGACACAUGUAUAUGUAUAUAUAUCUCUCUCUAUAGAUAUAUAUAUACAGUAUCUAGAAUGUUAAUGACUUUUUUUCUUUAGUUUCCGACGUGUGAUCAGAGCAGAGAGAGAUUAUCUUAUCGAGCUUUGUGUAUGUCGUGCCAUAUCCAGCCCUUAACUCCCAUGUGCUAAUCUGCUACUGUACAUAAGUGACAUUUGUUGUGAUUUUCAAAGUGUAUUUCUAAUAACCCUAUUAAAUCACCACAGUACAGUGUGUGAGGUCGAGUUUGGUUUUACACAUGAUAAUGAAAGUGAACAUAUAUAUAUAUAUAUAUAUAUAUAUAAGUAUGUAUAUAGAUAUAAUACCUAGAAAGCCCUUAAAGCUACGGUGACAGAACUCCUCUGCCGUUCUGCGAUGGAUCCUUUGCGUUGUCUGUGGUCGCUGCUUGCAUCUCGAUUUGCCAAAUAUCUGUGGAGUCUUUUGAAGUCUUAGAAACCGCGGCAGGCUCCGAUCCCCUCGUCAUCAUCGCGGCCGUCGCUUCAGAUUCCUCCGAACGCUCCGAAGACAAAAAAAACGCUCACAAAUCCAAGCAGUUCUAUUUAGUUCAGAUCAUUCCAGGAUUGUAAACUUCUAACAUUUACUCGACACAAAACAGAUCACGUGACUUGUUCUAUCAUUCCAGUAACACAGUGGCAAUGUGUUUGUUUGUUUGUUUUCUUCUUCUUCUUGUUGCUUUUGUUGUUUUUGGAAUUCCUGGAGUCUCCAGUGGGACAUGAACUCAGCGGACCUGCGGCCUGUGGAGCACUCAUCACCGGACACAAACAACACUCCUCUGCCUUCCCUACUGCAGUUUGUUUUUUUUCAUAUACCAUUGUCUUGUAAUAUAAACAAAGGAAAAAAAAAACAACAACAACAAUCAAAAACGAUGGAAAUAAUGGACUUGAUUAAAUGUUUCUACUCUACUUUUAUACAUUAUUUUCUUAUCGACGAGUAUUUUUCUAUGUUUCUAAGUGAACACGCCGAGUGUUUAAGUCUCGUUUCAAACUCAAGACGACAAAAUUAGAGGUUCUUGUCAUCAACGGUGAAAAUUGGCGUAUUAAUAUUUAUCUGGGAGUGUAACGUGCCGGAUCAGCGGGUUAGAAAUGAUUCUGAGAACUUCAAAAAACCCAAGUCACUGCAAACCCGAGUGUGCAUCCACAUCAUAUACCAUUCUAUUUUGGUUUUCUUCUUCUUCUUCUUCAUCAUCAGUGUCUGUUGCCCUGUGUCUAGCUUUUGGUGCUAAAAUAAAAAUCUGUCAUUGAGCCAGA